UCGACUUUGCUGCUGACCAUAAACUAUACUAGCUGACGCGGAAAAGGAAACAACAAUAAAUUGGUUUUUCUUUUUCCUUUCGAAUUUGGAUUGAAUCACAAGCAGAAGCCUUCUCUUCAAUAAUUUGCUUUUGAUGGCAGAAGCAGUUCCAUAUGGUAUAGCUACUGAGAUACUGUGCAAACUGGGUUCUUCUCUCUUUCAAGAAAUUGGGUCUUUCUAUGGUGUGAAAAAGGACUUGCAAAAGCUUGAAAACACACUCUCCACCGUCAAAGCUGCUCUUCUCGAUGCUGAGGAGAGACAAGAGAAGAGCCAUUUGGUGCAGGAUUGGAUAAGGAAACUUAAAGAUGCUGUCUUUGAUGCUGAUGACUUGUUGGAUGCUGCUGCAACCAGAGCUUCACAGCUUCAGUUAGAGACCCAUGGGAGGAGAAUUAAGAAGGUUUGUGAAUCUUUCUUGUCUCCAGAGUUACUUGCUUUUAGAUACAAAAUGAAUCAUGAAAUCAAGGAUAUCACAAAGAGAUUAAAUAGAACUGCAGAUGAUAUGGCAAAAUUUAAUUUUAGGGAGAGAGUGGUAGACUUGCAAGUUGGGUAUAGGGAGAGAGGGCAAACUCACUCUUUUGUGUUGACAUCAGAAGUUAUUGGUAGAGAUGAGAAUAAGGAAGAUAUUGUAAAAAUUUUAGUAUCCCCUGGCAAUGAAGAUAACUGCUCCAUCAUUCCAAUUGUUGGUAUUGGGGGUUUAGGUAAAACCACUCUUGCUCAAUUUGUUUAUAAUGAUGAGAGGGUGGUUAAAUUUUUUGAAAAGAGGAUAUGGGUAUGUGUUACAGAAGAUUUUGAUGUAGAAUUAGUUGUUCGGAAGAUCUUGUCUUCUAUGACAAAUUGUGAAUUGGGCAACUUGGAUAUGGAUCUGUUGCAAAUUCGUCUUCGAGAAAAUUUGAAUAAUAAGCUUUACCUUCUUGUUUUAGAUGAUAUGUGGAAUGAGAACCUUGAGAGAUGGAUCCAUUUGAAAAAUUUGUUAGUUGGUGGUGCUAACGGAAGUAAGAUUCUUGUGACCACUCGUAGUAGAAAAGUUGCAUCUGUUAUGGGUGUGGAUUCCUCAUAUUUGUUGAAAGGGUUAACAGAGGAAGAAUCUUGGACAUUGUUCAAGAAAAUCACAUUUCGAGGAAGAUUGGAGAAAGUUGAUGCAAACCUGGAAGCAAUUGGCAAAAGAAUGCUUGAAAGGUGCAAAGGUGUCCCUCUAGCUAUAAAAACGUUGGGGAGUGUACUGCAAUUUAAAAAAGAAGUAAGUGAUUGGCUGAUCAUAGAAAAUAGUGAGCUUUGGAAGCUUUCUCAAGAGUCUAAUGAUAUUUUACCAGUACUGAAGUUGAGCUAUGAUCAUUUGCCCAUAUAUUUGCGUCAAUGCUUUGCCUAUUGUUCAAUAUUUCCCAAGGGCUACAGUAUCUCUAAGAAUCAGUUGAUCCAAUUGUGGAUGGCACAAGGUUACAUUCUAUCUUCAAGCGGGAAUCAGAAUUUAGAGGAAAUUGGCGAUCAGUAUUUUAGUGAUUUGCUGUUGAGGUCAUUUUUUCAAGAGGCUGAAAUGGAUGAUUUUGAUAACAUAAUAGGUUGCAAAAUGCAUGACCUGAUUCAUGAUCUUGCACAAAUAGUUGCUGGUACUGAUUGCUCAAUUUCAAAAAUUGAUGCUGAAAAUAUUUCCAAAAGAGUACGUCAUUUGUCAUUUGACUGUUCCCUCUAUUAUGCAUGGGAAGUUCCAAGGCACUUACAGCAGGUGAAAGGUUUAAGGACCUUCCUGUUACCUGUCAAUGAUCGCUGGAUAAAUGAAUCCAAUCAAGCCACCCUUAUUUCAAGUUUCAGAAGAUUACGUGUGUUGGAUAUGCAUUGUUUAGGUAUUGAAAAGUUGCCGUGCACAAUUGGUCAGCUGAAGCACUUGAGGUAUCUUGACAUUUCUAAUAAUGAUCUUAUAGAAAGUCUCCCAGGUUGCAUUUGUGAUUUGCAUAACUUGCAAACCCUGCUGCUCUCUCGUUGUGAAAGACUUGAACAGCUGCCCAGAGACAUCAGAAAAUUGAUUAAUCUCAGACACCUCGUGAUAAUCAAAUGUCCUAGAUUGCAACACAUGCCGCAGGGACUGGAAGAGUUGACUUUUCUUCGGACAUUAUCAAGGUUCAUAGUGCUGAGGGACAAAAGGGCUGGGUCAGAUAGAGCUAAACUUAAUGAACUUAAUGGUUUAAAUCUCCUCAGGGGCAGCAUAUGGCUUAAGAACCUUGAAUGCUUGAUUGAUUCUGCUUCAGAAUCAAAGAAAGCAAACUUGAAGGGAAAGAUAUACCUUCAGUUCCUGGGAUUACAAUGGAGCCCAGUAGAGGUGGAUGAUAGGACUAGAGAUGAAACACUGUUGGAGAACCUCCAACCUCAUCCAAAUCUAAAACACUUAUGGGUGGAAGGAUACGGUGGCCUGAAACUCUCAUGUUGGCUUUCCUCACUGAUAAAUAUUGCUAGAAUUACUAUACGAGAGUGUCACAAAUGCCGGUAUAUCCCACCAUUGGAGCAUCUGCCAUCUCUCAAGUUUCUGCAUCUUCAUAAAUUAGCGGCGCUGGAAUAUGUAGAAUAUGGUAGUAAUGACACAACUUCGUUAUCAGCACCAACAAAAGCAUUCUUCCCAUCAUUGCAGGAGCUCCGGCUUUACAGACUACCUAAUUUCAAGGGAUGGCAGAGGAGGGAAUUCAGUAAUGAGAAUGAUGCGAAAACUGCAACAUUACCAGCAGGCAACGAUCAAUAUCUACGACAUCUUUUUCCAUGCCUACUUCAAUUAACCAUUGAAAGGUGUUCUAAUUUGACUUUGAUGCCAGUCUUUCCACAUCUAGAAUCGCUUCAUCUCAUUAAUUCUAGUGUGAAGGUCACAGCAGCAUCAGUCUUUUUUACAUUUCCUUCCUCCAUCUCCCCCUUUUCAAGAAUACAGUUUCUAUGUAUUGAUAAAAGUGUAGAUCUUGAGUGUUUGCCAAAAGAAGGGUUGCACAACCUGACUUCUCUGAAGACACUGCAGAUUAGUAAUUGUCCUAGAUUAAUGUUUCUUUCUCCAGGAAUCAAUUUUCUCACUCAACUUUCAAGUUUGGAGAUUUAUAAUUGUGGCAUACUUAAUUUGUUUGAUGACAAGGGCAUCAUGUGGCAAGGCUUUAGGGGCCUGUGCCAUUUGACUAUUGAUUAUCUUCCGCAACUUUUUUACCUCCCAGAGGGGCUUCAGAGAGUUACUGCCCUGCAAGAGCUCCGGAUUUUAAGCUGCUACAAUCUAGUGUCUUUGCCAGAGUGGAUAAAGAACUUCUCAUCUCUUCAGGAGCUUGAGAUUUCAGAUUGCUCUAGUUUAAAGUCACUUCCAGAAGGGAUACAUGAGCUUGUCUCUUUGAAAAAACUGAAGAUUGCUGAAGGUCCCAACUCUUCUGAUACAUGGCAAAGGAAUACAGGCAAAGAUUGGUCUAAGAUUUUUCGCAUCCCAGAGACCCGAAACAGAUGAUGAACGGCGGAACCAAGACAUUCUCGACUCUCUAGGUCAAUAAAUUCUUAUAACUUUCAUAUGUUCAUAAUAUGUGCCCUAUGUAUCUACUGUUUUUUGAUUCUUGAAAAAGGUAAACAUAUCAGUAAAUUACUUUGUUUAAAACUGCUACUUAUUAGAAGGAUACUGCUGAGAAUAAACUAGUGCGGACCUUCAUCAGGUUGUAGAUGAAACUAAAACUGAUUUCACAAGCUUAUACUUUCACUUC